GGUACGAUAUUCAAUCUGCUUUUAGAUCCGGUUUGGUCUCCACAAAAUCCUGACUCUGUCUUCUUAGCAACUAAAUAUUUCACUGUCUUCCCCAGCUGAUCUCUAACAGUGUCAGCCAACAUGGGUAUCCUGCCUUUCAGUUUCCUCUUCCUUCUCCUCCUCUGCUUCCCUGUCCACACCGAAACAAAGCGGCAGCUCAGUCAGGGAAGACCUGACAAGCCCCGCCAGCCUCCAUCCACACCCCAGCCGGCUAAGAGACCCAGAAACCGUUCAGUUCCUGGCUCUGGAGAGCUGACCACCAAGGAGGGCCAUCGCUGCGUCUGGCAGACGUCUGGUGAAGGCUUGGUGAGCCUGCUAGUGAACUGCAGCACUGAAACACUGGGAGAGCAGAAGAGGUACUGGUGUCGUUAUGCGGGUAAACCAGACCUUUGUCAAGCCUACGGUGUGAAGUCCAGCCAGUACUGGAAGCAGCUGGUGGGGAAGCUGAAGAAGAGACAGAACGCCUGCGAGGGAGAGAAAGUCCUGAAGGCCAAAACCUGCAAGAAGGCUCCUGCUGAAGCCCACAUGAAGCUUGCCACACGCAGCGGAGAGGAUGACAGGAAGGGAGGAAAGGACGGAGGGAAGAAGAAAGGAUCCCCAGCUACAAAGAGCCCAUCAGACGGAGCGAAGGUAGAGAGGAAGAAGAAGAAGGAGGAGGAGGAAGAAGAGAAGAAGAAGAAGAGGGAGGAGAGGACUGGGUUUGAGGAAGAGGGUUUGGUGAAUGAUAUGGAGCCGGUGCAGACUUACUGCAGCGAGGGAUGGCACUCCGUUUGCUCAUUCUUUGUCAAGUUUUUUGAGGGUUGAUGAAGGAAGUGAUGCAAAUGUUAAGUUUUGAUACAUUGUAAUGUGAGUUCACAAUUUGAGGAACAAUCUGUGUAAAAGUUGUUUUUUUGUACAGAAAAGAAAUCCCUCGUUUUCUUAAAAGAAAAUAUUUUACCAUUAGCGUUAAGCUGCAUAUUUGAAGUCAAGAACUUAGCAACUUCUAUGAAACAAGACACUUAAUUUAGAAGUUUUCAUAAGUCAUGAACAUAACACAAAUAAAGCCCCUUGCUUCUCAUAUGAAAAAGUAAAUUGAAGACACAAUUAUUACCUGGCGAACUUUAUUGGUCAUUCUGAUUGGUCAAUACUCAAUGGCAACGGCCAUUUAUUUCUCGACAGCACAAUAUUGCUAUGUAUACAACUCUAAACAUAGACUCUGGCAUACUAACUAUAAUCAAAUCAGUCUGCCGGAAGAAGUAUGGUUAGUUUGACGAUUAUUUUUUACAAUGGGAAAACCAAGAAAAGAGACAGAAACAGUGGAGAAAAGGCAGGAGAGGUUUAAGACACAAAAACUUUAGAGACUGAAGACAGUGCAUGAAGUUAACACUCGACAGAACAUUUAUUACCUGGGAAACUUUAUCAUAUUUAAGUUCAAUCAAAGCUUUCAAUACUGAAUAUGAGCAACAAUUUAUUACAAGCAUCCCUUCAGACCACCACGAUCAGCAUCUGCUGAGGUAAACACACAGCAGGGAUAACAGAUGUAACCAUAUUUUAGAUGAACCAAUCUGAUUAUAUCUGAGCUCACUUUGUGUUAACAAGCAAAUUUAACCUUGACAUUUGUUUUGGUCUUCAAAGUUUGUUGUUGUUUUGGAAUUCUUGAAAGAUUUGUUUAAACUCUGUGAUGUUGGAACUGUCUGACUAACAAGCUUAACUCAACGCUGGUGGUAAACAAUCAUUAAUGUUUAGGCUGGUGGUGAUAGUUGUGAACACUAGAUGUGACUUAAUGUGUUUUUAAUACUUACUUUUUUAAUGUGUAACUAGUAUCUUUUUAAAACACUGUGUUGUUGUACGUGAAAACAAUCUGUUCACUGCUAAAGGUGAAGAAUUUUAACCCUUUUUGUGAAUUCUUUCUUGAAUAAAAG